CUUCGUUUCUGGCGACAGUGACCAUGGCGUCCAGCUUGCCGUAUAAACAGUACUCCAAUGAAGAAUACGAUCCGUUUCCCAGGCUGGUGAUGCUGCGGUAUCUCUGCUGACAAGCAAACGGAACAUCCGUUCUGUGGCUGAUGCAAGAACAUCUGACAUUGCUUACGGGACUUACGAGAUACCGAAAGGGAUAAUCUGUGUUUAAAGACUUUUGCGUGGAUUACUAAGAGUAAUAAUGGUCGUUUGAGUUGCUGUCCGUUAUGCGUUAGCAGUCAUCAGAGCACAAUUGGGAUAAGUUGGCGUCAGCAGCUGGGCGAAAAAAAAACAGAAACGCUUCGUUAAGAUAACUCACGAAAAACUCGCGAUAAUUAUUAUGACUCUACUUACGGUGAUCUACGUGAUUGAUCUAUCGUGAUUCUUUUUUUGCGUAACAAGCUUGCUUGCAAAAAAAUAAUCAAUCGCGAUGAUGUCGCGCGGAAUGACAAUCGUUCGCGUCGCGGAUUCCGACGAGGACAAUGAGAGCUCAGCGUCUUCAUGUUCGCUGCUGUCAUCGCACAGUAGACUGAGGUGUCUCAUCUUGCACUCCAAAAGACAUAUCGCUUAUCCACCAUAAGGGGUCAAAGGUGAUGGCACGUAUCACGCGCCCUCGACAAAAAAUGGCGAACACGACUGAUUCAUCCGCGACGACCGGUGGCAGCCUUCUUUCAUCCUCGACAACGACGCCGUUUUCCACCUCGUCGACAUCGGCGGCGACUUAUUCAAGCGAGAGCACCUUCAACUAUAGCGGUCUGCCGAACCUGGGAGGCUACUCGCUGGACGAUUUCAACUACACGGAACUAUGGUUGGUCAACAAUGUCACCGAAAGGCUGAACGUGACUGUGUUGUCACCGGGUGGUUAUUGCGAUGAAUGGGAAGCUGCUCAGCACAAGCUCUUCCAGGUGAAGAAGAGUUUUCAGACAGCAAAUUUAUUUUUUGCGGCUGCGUUUCUGGUGCCGCGCUCGUUCAAGGCUUCCGUCUUGGCUCUUCGCACGUUUCUCACGGCGGGUUUCAUGCUGGCGGCCCUCUGGGCCGGAUUCACCAUAUGCGCUCUGGACGCCAUGUUAUGGUGCUUAGCUCUCGGUCUGUUAAACGGCAUUCACUCGUUAAUACUCGCCUUCCGAUUUCUGCCCCCGGCUCUCCCUCCGGAACUAGCCGAACUCUAUUUGAAGCUUUUCAAACCCUAUAAGGUCAGCAAAAAGCAUUUCCAAGAAUUGACGAAGGAGGUGAGGAUACUGACGUUGGAUUCCGAUCAAACUUAUGCGACGGAAGGGGUCACACCGGCGGAUAGGAGGCUGUCCAUUCUUUUGCGUGGGAAAUUGAAGGUAACUUGCGACGGGACUCACUUGCACUACAUCAGAGCCUACCAAUUCAUCGAUUCGCCCGAAUGGGAGGCCACGCAUGAAAGCGAUGCCGACGUCUUCCAGGUGACGAUACGAGCCGAGGAGCCCAGCACGUAUGUCUGUUGGACGAGAAUGAAGUUACUCAGGGUGCUCCGGCACAGGCCGUUGCUCAAGGUCGUUCUCAACACCCUCAUCGGUAAGGACAUUACGUCCAAGUUGUACGCCCUUAACGAGCAGCUUGCUGGUGUCGCGACUGCCAGUGAGAACGCCACGUCGAAUCCUUACAGGGGGGUCACGAGAAGCCUCAGCGUCGACGCUGUUAAUACGGAAACCGCCGGAAAGGUUCGAUCGACAACUUGGAAGACGCAAAGACAGUACAAUUCGCGUAAUGACAGUAAUUGUCUGUCCUCAGGGAAUUCCUCGGCCAGAUUUUCGCACCAGUACUGGGCACCGGUAGUUGCGAACCACUUCCCGCCGACCUCGCCGUUCAUUCAAAGCCAAAACCUCGGCUACUCGUUACUGCCGCAGGGUAUUCAGUUCUCGCCUCCUCCGCGAGCACCUACGUUGUCCCACCAACCCCCCGUUGCGCGACAGCGAAGCGGGGGUGCUAGCGGCGAUUACACCCUGCUACCUCAGACACCGAAGAAAGACACGCUCGAGAGAAAACGAUCGAGAAAAGGAACUCGAGAGGUGACCUUCGAGACACCGGUAUGACGCUCGCCCGACGGGGAAGGACCUGCCAGCGUGCCUCUACUUACACUGUCACCGCAACGCUCCGCCUAGCCCCGUCGUGGUCUCAUCGUUCUAAGACACGUCGCAAAACUCACCCUUUGAACUUCCGGUCGAUGCGAUACCGACGAAUGGCCUACUUCCUUCGACGGGAAGAGAGAACGCAAACUGGGUUAUGCUUCGGUACCACGAGAAUCGCUUGGUACCGCGAAAUCGCAGGAGCGCGGGUGAACGAAGGACGCAGGGCGCAGUUUUGACGUGUGCAAUUGAUUUUCAUAUCCUGCAAGUGCCACGCCUUACAGAGACACGCAUGCACGUGUGAAAUCGAAACCACGACGGCGGCCGUGGAAAAAAAAAAAGGUAUUCCGAUGUCUCUCGGCCGCAUUCGGGGCAUCCGUUAAAGGUGGACCGAAUUUCGAUCGAGUGAUGAGUAGGAGGAGGGAGGAUGAAUCGUUCACAAAUUGACGUGAGAAAAGUAGGAAUAGAAGCGAUAAAGCAGAGAAAGAAAUCGUAAACGAAAGAUUAAGUAUAGAUAUAUUAUAUUAAUGAGCAUCGUCUCUGUGUACACUUUUACAUCGACUGUGAUUACAACGGAAUAAUUAUUAAGUCUUUCAGAGAAACGCUGAUUAUAUACACAUACAGAAAAACACGUGCGUAAAUAGCUGCCGCGGUAAUCACACACGCAUAUCUCACAUUUGCGUGAGUUAGGAUGUCCUUCGCCCGUAACGAUUUUUGGUUUUGAUACUUUUGUCAUUCCAAAAUCCCUAAUUCUGCAGAAUUUUAUCCUGCUCCUUUAUGUCUUGUAAUUUCAAGCGAAAGCGUUUUAUUCGCUUAAUUUAUAAGAUUAUUACACAAUUGCAUAACAUCGAUAUAAAAAUAAUAUUUUAUUACUAAGUGCCAUCAGUGAAGGACAUCCGAACAGCGUAAACGGGUCGGGAUUGUUGUAUAAAAUUAGUGCAUAAAAUGCGCAUUCACGAUAAAUGUGAUAUGUCGAGAAAACACGCAGCAAUUUCUAUCCAACACCGAACAGAAAACUGCAUUUGCACAUCCCUCAAUCAAAUGUAAAACGCGUUAAAUAAAUAAACAGGAAGAAAUUAAAAGUAAAAUGAAAAACAGGCCGAAUAAUCCGGAUGUAAAAAAAAAAAGCAAAUAAGUGCUUCGCGUUAAAACAGAAACUUGCAAUAAAGUGCUUCAAAAAUGUAGUUGAUGGCGAGAAAUGCAAAUUAUAUAAAAAGCAAAGUUUAAUUUGCGCAAACGAAAAAAAAGCUAAUAUGCGUCGUGCGUGACAUGUAGAAGAAAAAAAACAUGUGUGUUUGUAUGUUUCUAUGUUUAUAUAAUCACCGCGUGUGAGAGUGAAGCCGUAGAAGAUCAUAAAGACGCACAAACGAUUAAACAAAAAAAAAAAAAUGUGAAAGGGAUAAAAUUAAUUAAAACGGCUGUGUAGAGUCGAGUGUAAAUGUUAUAAACACAAAAGUGGCUGUAGAGUAUUGUAACACUACGAAGGACUGUAUGAAAUCUUAAGAGGCGCACGUCGGAAAGGAUCGUCACUGUUUAAAGUAGAAGUUGUUUUCAUCGCAUCAGAUGAGACUGUUGUAGUAUUCUAUCAUUACGUAGUUACUUUCGUAAAAACUGGAUAUAUAUAUGUGUAUAUAAUACAUAUACAUAUAUAAAUAUCUAGUGUUAUAUAUUGUAUGUAUAGUAAGUAUAAAAACUUUAUAUAUUUGUAAUAAUCAAAAUUCGAAAAAGACUGAGUUGCUAUAAAUACUUUGUUAGUUUCGGAUUUUUGCAGUGAUGUUUAUAUUUAAUUAAUAGUAAGAUUGUGUUUUUGGAAACUAAUUUGAAUUCUGAGAACUCUUGUUUGCAAGACUGAUCUAUUUUCCGACGUAGACAAGAGCCUAAAGCACGAAAGAAUCUGUUGGAGUGAUCUUUGUCGACGUUGUGUCAGGAGAAUAAAUGAAAUUGCGCAAGGUAGACCGCAGCAGCGACACAUCAACAUCACGGCGACAUUGUAUGUUAUUAUUAUUUACAAUUACAAUAUGUUCGUUGACUAUUACGUUAGAAAUAAAAACUACAUUGAAAAA